GGUACCUGAGAGAGCACAGUAUUAGAACACUGUUGUUAAGGGUAGUGCUUAGUCACCUGUACAGUUGUCAUCUGUUACGUCUGUUACACGAGUGAGUUACUCCACCCAUCAAUCCUGGUGAUACGUAGCUUGCCAAAAUAAUAACCUGGUAAAUAAUUAUUUUUAUCCUCUUAAUUUAAAUGACUGAUUCAAAUAAUAUUGAAUCAUGAUAAGGUUUGGGCACUAAUCAGCAACCAGCAGGCAAUUAAAAGAAAGAUUUGCACAAGAUGUUGACACCUUUCCUUUGAUUUUGAAGGCUAUGAUUAAAACCAUAUUUGCAGUUAGUGUUUCACUUUGCAUUUCCUGAAUUCAUUGUUUUGUUGUUGUUGUUGACGUAUUAAUGACAUUUGUGUCCUUUGAGUUUUAAAAAUGUAAUUUUUUUUCUUUUUUUUUUUGUUCAUGAUUUUUGGGUAGAAAGGUAUAAGGCCAGUGGAAGGUUAAAAUUAUUUUGUCGGACAAGAUGUCUUAUGGAUGCCUUAAUUUCAUGAAGGAAAUUAUCAGUAUGCAAGUACAUUCAUACAUGUGUUUUAUGAUAUACUGUAAAACUAGGACCAUCUCUAUUUUUCGAAUGGGAUAUAUAACAAAACCUAAUAAGAGGUGUAGGUGGCACUUUUGGUAUCAUCCCAUAAGAUCUGGGAUCGUGAGCUCGUCUUCUUUUGGUGUAAAGUCUGAAGCUCAAUCUAUCAAAGAAAACGGAUUUCUAACACUCAGAAAUUUAGUUUGCAUGUUUAUUGCUAAUAACAAAUAUCCUACUGGUGAAUUUUGUUUGUUGCAUCUUUAGCUAAAUCUUUCUUACAAGAAAAUUACAUGGAGGAGUGGAGGAGAAAAAAAAAAGAAAAAUAGUAGAUCACUGCUAGCUUUGGGAAAAAAAAAAACACACAUAAGCAGUUUGGAGGUUUUUAUUAUCUAUAUACUGCUUGUUUUUUUGGAUGAAUAUAGAGUGUUUAAGGAAGUUCAAAAAGGAUAAUGGGAAAGUGUAAUUUGGUCUAAAAUUGUAAUUGCUAAACAAGACAGAAGAGAGUUUCUUGCUAAUUGUUUGCUAUAUAUUCGAUUCAAUUAGAAUACCCAACAAUGAAGAAUUACUGUGACAUUUCCCAUACUUCUACUAUUUAAAGAAACUUACAGAUAGUAAUACAAUAUUCAUUUAUUAGAACCAGCUUCUUCAUCUUAAAACUGUUUAGAAAUAAUGUUGCUGACAUAAUAAGGCAAUAAAAGGCAAAUAGUCCUGAAGAUUCAGAAUCCACUAUGCCAAACAUUGUGAUACAUACUUUAUGUGACUACAGACAUUUUGGAGCAUACUGAGGAAAAAUAGAUAACAAUGUCUGUAAUUGAAUUCAUUUGUUCUUAUUCACCUUUGCACUGAUGUUGAACCAACACCUUAUGUUAGUUGUUGUAGAAUGUUAUUGAUGUCAGUAAGACUCUUCAACUGCUUAAUAUUGAGCAUGUGCUAAGUUUUUGUUGGCCAGAGCGUGGACAGGGUCUUCAUCCUCUUUUGGAAUUCAGCACAAUGGAUUUUCAUGAACUUGGUCCACAAGGCAAAAUUUCAUAAGUAGUUGUAUUAAUUGGAGCUGAGUUACUUGCAGUGUUUAAGGCGAGUAUAAUUUAACCACGAAGGUAUUAUUUAUUAUGGGGAGUGGAUUGAGAGAAGCGAGGGAUUUCUAAAAGGAUUAAAAGAUGAGGAUAAAGUUGAUGAAAAUAUAAAUAGUUUUAAUUUAUACACCUACUGUGAGAAAACUGUCCAGUAAAAGUAAUGGACCACAGUGACUAACAGCACAUUAAAUAUUUUUGCUUGCAUUUUUCAGUUAAUUAGUGAAGACAUCUUUUUGGAUAGAAAACUAGGUUGUGGAGAAAACCUAUUCUAAAUGUAGUUUAUUUCCAUUGGAUAUUAUUUUUUUUUUAUUUGUUUAAAGAAACAGAAACUAAAACACAAACACACAAAAUCUCUUCUGAGUUCAGAGAUCACAACAGAUAAUGAGAAAUAGAUCUACUAUUUAUGCCAUUAACACUGAAAUAGAUUUCUUGAGGUGCAAUAUUUAUUUUUUGCUUAAGCAAGACACGUCUAUUGUUUUCCUGCACAGCACAGAUGUUUCUAGUAAAAGGAAUUUUAAAAGGGCACUAUUUUUUUGUAUCAUAUUUAAUUCUGUAACAUUGUAAGAUUUUGCACCAGUCUGCUGGUAUUGUACUGUAUAGUAUCACAUACUUGAGUUUUGAAAUAAAAGAACAGUUUCAAAGUCCUCACUGUUGCUACCUUAAAGAUUUAUUUUUCACAUGCACUCUGUCUGCAUGUUAAUGAAAAUGUUCUGAAAUGCCGUUGCCUUUUCUACACUGUGUAAUGUAGCGUCAUGUUAUCCAUACCAAGGAUCUUGUCCUUAGUGUUUCAUUUAUUCAGAAAAAAUGAUGUAGAAGAGCAAGCAAACUCCCAUGUCAAUAGAGAAGAGGUUUGUAAGCAGGGUCAACCUCGUCAUAUCCUAAAAAUGAGAGAGGAUGCUGAAAUAUCCCGGUGAGAGUUUAACUCCUGCUUCAAAGAGUGGCUGCUUGAAUUGAGGAGAAAGAAGACUGCAACCAUAGGAGACUAAGUGAAAGCUAAGAAUCCAAUUAAGCAUCAAUAACAUGGACAGAGUUUGACUAAAGGAACUUUGCUACAGUGAGAGCAAUUGGCACAAGCUGUGUUUUUUGAGUCAGCAGUAGUUAAAUUUUCCAGCAAGCCCUACAUGAAAGAAAGUGUAAAGGGUGAUUACGGAUUUCCAGUCAGUGACCUCGCCUUUGAGUGGGACAGACAACACAUCUGAGGUUUCUACGAAGCAGUGCAGUGACAGCUGAAGUUUCUUUCAAAAAGUCAUCUGAAAGGCUAUCUCAGACGUGCUCCAGUAUCUUAAUUCUUCUCAGCUCAGAAGACAAAUCACCUCAAAUUUCUCAAUUUUCUGAGUUUGUGACAAUGACAACUUAUUUUGGAGUUACCUCAGCGGUGUUAUCAGUCUGGAUUAUGACAUUCAUGGCUCAAAAUUACUGUAUAACAGGUUCCACGCUUUCACCUUGCAGGAUCACAGGUGUAGGACUGUAUCUUGACGAGAAAGUGAAUUUUUCAGAAGCAAGUAAUGUGUGCAGUCGACUGAAUCUACAACUGGCAAGUAAAGAACAGGUUGAGAAGGCUUUGAAAAAUGGCUUUGAAACAUGCAGUUCUGGAUGGAUAAAAGAUGGAUUGGUUGCCAUUCCUCGUAUAACAUCCAAUAAGAAAUGUGGUCGGGGCAGCGUUGGACUAGUGAACUGGCGUGCUAAUCAAGCUUCUAAAUUUGCAGUUUACUGCUUCAAUUCUUCAGAUGUUCAAAUUAAUUCAUGUAAACCAGACCCAACUACAACCAUACUACCAUCAAGUGUACCAACAGAAUUAACUGCGUAUUCAGGUUCCGAUUUGACUGGGAACACCACAGCAGUGCCUACUGCAACUGAACCAGAACAAACCCUGAAAAACGUGAGAUUUCGGAUAAUAUGUAUAACUGAAACUAUAUUACCAACAGAGGGGACUACUACAACAAUGCCAGAGGAAUACCACACUUACCCUGCUGCAUUUAGGAAUGAUGGUGUUGUCUUUGGAGGUAUCCCCACUGCACUCCUUGUGCUGGCAGUCAUCUUCUUCAUUAUUUCAGUUCUUCUAGCAGUCUGCUACAUCAAAAAGUACAAGAAAUCCUUCCCAUUUUCAAACAAGAAUCAGAAAAAAAUGGUUGAAACUACGACUCUCAAAGAGACUGCAUCAAAUGACAAAACACUUGAGAAGGAAACAAAGAAUAAUGAAAAAAAGGUAGAAGAGGCCAAAGCCAAGCCUGAAACCACAGUAAAAUGUCUAGAAGUGGAAGUUUAAGGUCAGCAGAAGAGGGAGGAGAAACGUACAGUUCUUUUUAGAAAUAUAUAAAACAAAGCACAUAACUUAGCAAUGCUUUUAAAUGCAGGUGACUGUAAAUACUCAUGAUUUUUUUUUUUCAUCUUAACAUAUUAAGCAUAAGCAAAAAAAAAAAAGCAUUUUUUUUUAAUAAUUACAUCUUCAGCUAUAAAUGCUCUUGCAAAAGAAUAUGGUAUCUUACUUGAAAUAAAUAAAACAUCCAUAUUACAGUUCACUUCUUAACAAAGAAGUAAAUCAAAAUUUGCUGUUAGUGACACACAGUGUGUGACUAUUUGCAUGAAAUUCACAUUGAUAUGUAAAGAAAAAUUCCUUUAUAUCUGUAUGGGUGAUCUGCUAACUUAAUGCCUAAAAUAAAACAAUACUAGGUCAUAAGUAAAACAAUAGUAGGUUAAUUUAUUUCCAUUAAGUAGUUACACACUGCUUUUUAAAAAGUCUGUUUAAAAACAGAAUAAGUCUGUUUGCAAGUAAAAAAUCAAGACUGGCCCACUGCCAUUCCAAUACCAAAAGAAGGGUACAAAGAUGCUGAUCUUCAUCAGCAUCCUUGAACAACUUUCUAAGGUAUCCUCAUCAUGUAAUUCACUGUUUUAUUUAUUAAAAUCUGUAUCAUUCUUUUGCAUCAGAUAUUUGACAGGGAAAAAGAACCUUGAACUGUAUUACAAUGGUUAUAUUUAAGGUCUUUGUGUGUAUUUAAGUGAGGCCUUCCAAAUAAAGGCUUCAAGAGGUAUAAGGCAUUUAGAGUACUUCAUAAAACAUGAAAGUUGGUAGAGAUGUUUGUCUAGACCAUUUAUUCUCAUGAAAACUGUCUUAUAGGAGAAAGAUCUCGUAUAACCUCUAUGUUACAGAAGUGAUUAGUGGAUAUGAAUGGAAAAAAAAACCACCAGCAAUUUACCAAAUAUUUUAUUGAAUACAUGGUUUAGAUAACUUUUUUAUUUGAAGUUAUGGCAAAAAGGUGUUUUUUCAGAUCAAGUAGCUUGAAAAAGUCUUAAAUAGAAUAGUAACAGAACUGCUCACAUACAUGUACAUGCUGUUUUCUACUGCGCAGAAUAUCUGGCUGUGACAAUUCAUGCUUUUGAUUCACAGAAAUCUAACAAUUGCCCGGUUGUUAUAUAUUCCACUAGACAGACAGUGGUAGGGUAUUGCUAAUAGCCUAUUUAGAGGAGCCACCUGUUGUUUGUUUUUUGUUUUUGAUAGCAUAGAGAGAUUUUAUGGCUCCAGGAGUCUGGGCUGGGUUGAAACACAGCCCACCACUUCUGCAGAAGGACUGUGGUUACACACAGCUCCACAAACCACUAAUUUUAAGUGCCCAUCCACACAACUUCAGCAGAGAAAAUUUUCAACAGAGAACAGAGGAAAGCUGUUAUGUACAGCCCUCCUUGCUCAAUUAAGUAGUUCCUCUCCUUGCCAAGUGCUGCAGGAAUGCAGUGCAUCUCUGCUUGCACACAUAAUGAAAGCACACUCACCGUGUAAGCAGUGAGUAGCAAGCAGGAACAACGCCAUCAGGAAAUCCACAGCCAUCACUUGUCACUAGGGUGUCAGAAAAGUAUAUGGGCUUAAGCACACAGGCAAUGGAUACAAGGUAAUUCUGGACUUUUUCGCCCUUUAACAACUGUCUUUUCCAGUUUUUAGAUAAGAAAUUACCCGCUUCUCUUUUCCUCAUCAGCAAGUGGUAGUUAUUGAUUUUUUGCUGUUGCUGUCAUUUUUAUUUUAAAUCUGCUUUUGUCAAUAGAAUGAAGAAGUUGCCCUAUUAUGUAAGCAUCUCUUUUACUUUCAAAACUCAGACAGCGUUCACCCCGACCUGCACUCUGUUGCCUGGCUGUGUGCACGGGUUGCUUCACCCUCCAUGAACCCUCCUGGAGCGCUCAGUGCCGUGCAUUGGGGCCUAGUCAGAGCAGCAAGGAACCUGCUCCCUCUUACACAUAAUAACAUCACAAAAGCUAAAAUGAAGCUGCUACACCGUCCUGUCAGCAAUAAAAGCCAGGUACAAAUAGCAGAUCAGUGAGCACUGUACUUGAUAUUGUCUGUACAAUGAGUACGGCUCCAUCACGUUUGGAUUAGUAUAAGAUGUUCCUGCUCACGGCUUAAUGGAGUUGCAAAGCAAACACUCGAUGAACUUCCAGACAAGAUGUCAAGCAGCCCAAACCCUCACCUGGCACCACCAGAAACUUAGGAGAGAUUUCAGAAAGGGCGUCUCUGCCUCUUGUCAAACGCCUUUCCUUUCUAACCGCUCUCAGCGCCGCAGAGCCGGCGCUCCGCUCGCGUUCCCAUACAGGUGAUUCGCGGCACCCCGUCCGCCGCCGGCGGCCCCGUCCCGCUUCCCGCCCGCGGCACAGCUGCCGGCUGACCUCCGGCCGCGGGGCCGCUCGCUUCGCAGGAAGAGCCGCGGGUUCCCGGCCCAGCCCAGGCGGUGCCCCGGACAACGGGCUGCCGCGGCGUGGGAAGAGCGCGACUCAAGUGGGCAGGAAGGGGAAGCAGGGGAAGCACCGCUCCUUUUCUCCGCUUUGAACGACAGACGGAACGCGACUUCUGCAAUUACGACUCGAAGCGUCGGGAUGCAGCAGACACUUUACCAGUGAAUGAGAACUUUCCAUGGAACUGAGUUGAAGAACUUCACUAUGGGUCAACAGAUUUCAAGCCAGACACAAACUAUAAUGAACAAGUUGCCAGAAAAAGUAGCAAAGCAUGCUUCUUUGGUUCAAGAAAGUGGUUUCCUAACCUAUGAAGAGUUUCUAGGAAGAG